ACUGGAAUCUGGAAACAGCCUCCGCCGUCCUUCCUUUCAUUCUUGUAAUCCGUCUGCGUAGGGUGUGCUCCGGAGCUAGCCUCGGCACACAUUUUAUUAUUAUGAAACAAACCAGAAGCUAGUGAGUACCCGCAGACAUAUUUUUAUAAGAAAAGCUAAAAUCGGUGAAGCAGGAUUUGAUUUGCCAACCAAGCAACGCGAAGAAGACGCUGCCUUCGAAAAAGAACGAAAGACGGAACGACGAAAACGGUGUUAGCAAGCUACGUUACUAGCGUCAUUGUUGAGAGCGCGGCUAAUUAACGAUAGCCUGUUAGUUUAUUCCAUUUUCGUUCCUGGCAGAUUAAUUGAUACUGUUUGUGUCUCAUUGCAUCGAUAGCUUAGCGCCCUCUUUGAUUUUGAAGGAGCUAAAAUUCUCAAAUUGUGACAUCUAAGCCAUAUCGGGUAGGCCGCGCUCCGACAUUUUGCUAAUCGAGCUACAUAUCCCACGUUGUUAGCAGUUGACGUAUUGUGUCACUUCUCUUUUGAUUUUUGCAAAAAAAGAAUAGGGAAACGCGUAUUUAGAUUAACCACCAUUACGCAUCAAGCUCAUUAAUUGACAACAAACGUCACCCGACAUGAAUCCCAGCGCGCCUAGCUACCCCAUGGCCUCCCUCUACGUAGGGGACCUGCACCCAGACGUUACCGAGGCCAUGCUCUACGAGAAAUUCAGCCCGGCCGGACCCAUCCUCUCCAUCAGAGUGUGUAGAGAUAUGAUCACCCGCCGUUCGCUGGGAUAUGCAUAUGUUAACUUCCAGCAACCAGCUGAUGCUGAACGAGCUUUGGACACGAUGAACUUCGACGUGAUUAAGGGCAGGCCUCUCCGCAUCAUGUGGUCUCAGCGUGACCCCUCAUUGAGGAAGAGCGGGGUGGGAAACAUCUUCAUCAAGAACUUGGACAAGUCCAUUGACAACAAGGCCCUUUAUGACACCUUUUCUGCGUUUGGAAACAUCCUCUCUUGCAAGGUGGUUUGUGAUGAAAAUGGCUCUAAAGGUUACGGUUUUGUGCACUUUGAGACCCACGAGGCAGCUGAGCGUGCCAUUGAGAAAAUGAACGGCAUGUUGCUCAAUGACAGAAAAGUAUUUGUUGGCCGCUUCAAGUCACGUAAAGAGAGGGAGGCUGAGCUCGGGGCACGUGCCAGAGAGUUCACCAAUGUUUACAUCAAGAACUUUGGAGAGGACAUGGAUGACGAGAAGCUGAAAGAGUUAUUUAGCAAAUAUGGUCCUGCUCUCAGUAUCCGGGUUAUGACCGAUGAGAGUGGCAAAUCCAAGGGGUUUGGCUUUGUCAGCUUUGAGAGACACGAAGAUGCACAGAAGGCUGUAGACGACAUGAACGGCAAAGAACUGAACGGCCGACAAGUGUAUGUGGGUCGUGCGCAGAAGAAGGGGGAGCGCCAGAAUGAGCUCAAACGCAAAUUUGAGCAGAUGAAACAAGAUCGCAUGACCAGAUACCAGGGUGUCAAUCUGUAUGUGAAGAACCUUGAUGAUGGCCUGGAUGACGAGCGUCUGCGCAAAGAAUUCUCUCCAUUCGGAACCAUCACAAGUGCAAAGGUGAUGAUGGAGGGCGGCCGCAGUAAAGGUUUUGGCUUCGUGUGCUUCUCUUCCCCAGAAGAGGCCACUAAAGCUGUUACAGAGAUGAAUGGGCGCAUUGUGGCUACGAAGCCUUUGUAUGUGGCCCUGGCUCAGCGGAAGGAAGAGCGUCAGGCCCAUCUUACCAACCAGUAUAUGCAGAGGAUGGCCACAGUUCGUGCUGUGCCCAACCCUGUGCUCAAUCCCUAUCAACCUGCUCCACCUUCGGGCUACUUCAUGGCAGCUAUACCGCAGGCUCAGAACCGUGCUGCAUAUUACUCUGCCAACCAGUUGGCCCAGCUUCGCCCCAGUCCUCGCUGGGCAACCCAGGGAGUGCGUCCUCAGCAUUUCCAAAACAUGCCCAAUGCCAUGCGUCCGUCAGCACCAAGGCCACAGACCUUCAACACCAUUCGCACUACUACUGCCACCAAUACCCAGGUCCCACGCAUGAUGGCCUCCCAGCGCAUGCCGACUCAGGCUCUUGGCCAACGCCCUGCCAGUGCUUCCGCCACUACCGCCCCAGUCCGUGCCAUGCCUCAGUACAAAUACGCCGCUGGUGUGCGCAAUCCUCAACAUAUGGCCUCCCAGCCACAGGUCCCCAUGCAGCAACCCGCUGUCCAUGUCCAAGGUCAGGAGCCCCUGACUGCUUCCAUGCUGGCCGCUGCACCUCCUCAGGAACAGAAGCAGAUGCUGGGUGAGCGUCUGUUCCCCCUGAUCCAGAAUAUGCAUCCCAGCCUGGCGGGCAAGAUCACCGGUAUGCUUCUGGAGAUUGACAACUCAGAGCUUCUUCACAUGCUUGAAUCACCCGAAUCUCUGCGCUCCAAGGUGGAUGAGGCUGUUGCUGUGCUCCAGGCCCACCAGGCCAAGGAGGCUGCUCAGAAGUCCACCACCCCUGCCGGUGUUCCCAGCGUCUAAGCUUGAGCAUUUUGAAACCUGCUUCACCGAUGGAAAAAGAGAAAAAAAACUUAAACAUCGAAAAACCUAAAACUCAGAAAACAUUGCAAAAUGAUAAAUUAUUUCUUAAAAAAAACGAGUCAAUCUGCCAGGUCUAGAGAUGGUUUAACUAGAUCUUGAUCAUAAACAAAAAUUUGUUUAAAAAAAAUAGCAAAAUAGAUAAAAUUGAAAAUUGUAAUAAAUUUGAAUGCAUUCCUCUGUUUUAUGUCAUUUUACUGCGUCAGUGCUCAAAUUGUCAGCAAUAUCAGGGAAAUGGUUGCUGAGCAUUUUGAGGUGAUUUGUAUCGCAAACUACUGGCUGUAAUAAACCGUCAUUCGAAAAUA